AGAAGAGAAAGUUUAUCAAACUAAAAUAAGUAUAAUUAAAUCCAAAUUGUGUUAUAAUGCUUAUAAACAAAUAUACAAUAAUUCAGUGCCAACGAGUUAUUUUAGUACCAUAUAAGAAAGAGCACGUUUUAAAGUAUCAUGAAUGGAUGAAAUCAGAAUCCUUACAGCAGCUAACUGCUUCAGAACCCCUGACGCUGGAGGAAGAAUACGAAAUGCAAAAAUCUUGGCUUAGGGAUGAAAAUAAAUUGACUUUUAUAAUUCUGGAUAAAGCUAAAUAUGAAGAAACCCAAAAUGAAAUUGAUUCUAUGAUUGGCGAUACAAAUUUAUUUUUUGCAAAUGCAGACGAUAGGAUCUGUGCAGAAGCGGAAAUAAUGAUCGCAGAAGAAUGGGCCAGAAAAAGAAAAUGUGGUUGGGAAGCUACAUUGCUCAUGUUCAUGUAUGGAAUUGAUUACUUGGGAGUAAAACAGUACAUUGUAAAAAUUUCUUACCAAAAUGAUAUCAGUAUAAAAAUGUUUAAUGAUAUGGGCUUUGUUGAGGUGGGCAGAAGUGAUGUUUUCCAAGAAGUUACUUUAAGUAAACUAGUAGAUGAUAUGUGGAUUGAAUGGAUAAAACAAAGCUUAGGACAUUUCAAAGUUAUAGAUAAAAAUAUCGAGAAAGAAAACAAAGUAGUUUAAUAAAAUAUAUAAAA